CGUGUCUCUCAGUCAGAGCAUCCUUCCGUCAUGGCGUCUGUUUGGGCUACGUCCCUUGUUAACCUGCCGGUCCUGUCUGUUUUCUUCCUCUUGCUGCUAUGUCUGCCACCCGGGGGAGGACAAAAGAAGAAGGAGAACAUGCUGUCGGAGAAGGUUGACCAGAUGAUGGAGUGGUCCUCUCGGCGUUCGGUCGUCCGGAUGAACGGGGACAAAUUCCGUCGCUUCGUCAAGGCCCCACCCAGGAACUACUCUGUCAUCGUCAUGUUCACUGCCCUGCAGCCUCAAAGGCAGUGUUCUGUCUGCAGGCAGGCGAACGAGGAGUACCAGGUCCUGGCAAACUCGUGGCGUUACUCAUCUGCGUUUUCCAACAAGCUAUUCUUCACGGUAGUGGACUACGAUGAGGGAGCGGAUGUUUUCCAACAGUUGAACAUGAACAGUGCUCCAACCUUCAUGCAUUUCCCGGCUAAGGGAAAGCCCAAGAGGGCCGAUACGUUUGACCUGCAAAGGAUCGGCUUUGCUUCCGAGCAGCUGGCCAAGUGGAUUGCAGACCGCACAGAUGUUCAGAUCCGUGUCUUCCGUCCUCCUAAUUAUUCAGGCACGAUCGCUUUGGCUCUGCUGGUGUCACUGGUUGGAGGUCUGUUGUAUCUGAGGAGGAACAACUUGGAAUUCAUAUACAACAAGACUGGAUGGGCUAUGGCUGCACUGUGUGUAGUUUUUGCGAUGACAUCCGGCCAGAUGUGGAAUCACAUCAGAGGUCCUCCCUACGCCCACAAAAAUCCCCAGAACGGACAAGUGAGUUAUAUUCACGGCAGCAGUCAGGCUCAGUUUGUGGCUGAGUCUCACAUCAUCCUUCUUCUGAAUGCUGCAAUCACCAUGGGGAUGGUGCUGCUAAAUGAGGCUGCCACCUCCAAGGGAGAUGUUGGCAAGAGGAGAAUCAUCUGCCUGGUUGGCCUUGGCCUGGUGGUGUUUUUCUUCAGCUUCCUGCUCUCCAUCUUCAGGUCCAAGUACCAUGGAUACCCCUACAGCUUCCUUAUUAAGUGACAGAACAGACAGAAGAGGAGGUCAGCGAUGGCCGAGAAGCGAUGGGUUAGAAGAAGAGGAGUCGACGAGAUGCUUGAAGAGGAGGAGGAGGCGGCGUCAAUAUUGAGUCUAGAGUGCAUGGUGGAGUUUCUUUUUUUGUGUGUUGUUGUUGUUGUUUUUUAUCGACUCCUAUCAUAAACUCUACUAGUUGAAUAGAAAAUGAAUUAUUCCUUCUUACACUGGAAAAUAAAGGUGUUUGGCAUGUCUCUGUAUUUUUGUCAUUUUUUUUAUGGUCCCCUUUUUGGUGAUUUGAAUAUUCUGUGUGGCUAUAUAUACUUGUGACUGUGCUCUGCUGCUUUUAAUCCGUUGUAUUGCAUUUUAUUUGUAAAAAGUGUGUCGCAGGUGAAAGGAGAGACAGAGACACCUGAAGUCAAACACACAGAGAGUGAAGUGGAUGUUGAGAGGACGGGAAGUGAAGCAGCAGGUUAGGAAGAUGGUUUACGUGGUGACACUUGAACACAGCGGCAGAGAGCUAAAGUUUAUUCGUUAGUUAGUAGGAAAGCUUAUUAACUACGUGUAAAAUCUCAACUAAUUAAAUCGUCCCAGGUGCUUGUCACAUAAAUGCAUCUUUGGAACAUAAAGAUGCUAAUCCUCAUCUGGUAAAUUCCUGCUGUAGCUUCAGAGCUCAGUCAGACUCAGUUUCACGGUGCGACCAGUUUUGAAUUAAUAAGGCUAAAAUAUGAAUGUGUAGAUUUAUAGUAUACACAUAUGGAAUGAAUCCAAUCAGGUAACACAGGUCUUGGGCUUUUCUCUCUUAGAGUGCAUGUUUACACCCUUUGGACUCUGGUGUGUGUAUAUUUUAUUUUGUAUGUAUCUAAAAAAUGAUCGUUGGGUGUCUCCAAAGCCUCUUGGAUGAGGUUAUUCAAAGACAAAUAGUCAAAAUUGACCAAUAUGAGACCUAAGAUGUGAGUGUUAAAGAAAAGCUCUGCGUUCAGUCUCACACAGUUCACUUUCUGCUGUAUUGAAUAAAAGUUCACUUCUCCCCACACUUGCUAGGAUCUUAAAUCACUAAUGUGAAAUAGUAUUAUGUGAACUGAGUUUACAGGAGGCCGGCUGCGAGCGCUGUAACUUUUUCUUUGCUGAAUGUGAGAAGCUAAGGUCAUUUAGAGAAUACAUACAUUUCUAAUUCUUUCACUGGUGGACUGCCCGCUGAAACAGUGAGUGGGCUGCAGCAUUGAAACCAUUUAUGUAACCCUUCUAUGCGUGGGCAGACAGAGGAAUGGUGCCGCACAUAGACCAGUUUUGACAAGUGUAAUAAAAAUAUUCCCUCUUAG